GGACAUGGCGUUUUUUAUCGUCCUAGUGUCUGGGACAAGAUGUUAUUUGUAGUCGAGUAGGAGCCUCGUCCGUAGCUUUCGGUUAUCACACCGUACAAACCGUGUCGCAGGCUUCCACCCGAGGUAGUAGUCUUCGGCCACUUGCGACAAUUGCAAAUCGUCCAUCUUUGAGUAUAUCUCGUCUCCCAUCCUCUUUGUUUGCCAACACAAUGGCUCCAAGAACAUUGUCACGACCAUCAUCACGAACUUCGUCCAUCUGCUCCUCAGAUACCAUGGCCUCCGUGUCAUCUCAGCAAUCUCAGCACCCAUACUUGACACCAGGACGAGCAUCCACCAUCACAUCGUGGACAUCCUCCAUCGAACGUAACCCCCAACGACGAUCUGCCUCAAACGAAGACGCCAUGUCUCGACAAGCUGCCAUUGAGGCUUAUCUACAACUCAAAGUCGCUCUCUUCUCAAAAGUUGCUUCUUCAACAUAUACCAGGUCUAGCUGAGCAUGUGCCUGAAACCACGGUGAUUUCGAUCACUGCUGUAAGCUCAUCGACUCGAAUGUUUCGACUCGAAGAAAGCGACAAUCUAAAUCGUCGCUACAGACAGGACACACUGCCGUGAGCAUGUCUUCGACGCACUGAACUCGCCGGCGAGUCAUGUUGAUGGACCAGCAUAUUUUUACGAUACCCAUAAUAUUGCAUCUCAGUUCGAUUUGGAGCUGGUGGCGUUGGACAUCAAGGUGUCGCGUUGUCGAGGUUCGCGGAGCUGGAUUUGGAAUUGUUUGACGGCGGCUUGACGUGUAAGCGUCGUAUUAGAUUGCUUGCUUCGCGCGCAUAGACACCUAUUUCUCAGUUAAAGAGCUUGUAGAGCCCCUGUCAGCACUUACAGCUCAAUGUAACGAACGUACUAAAGGCUUCGAAAAUUGCAAUAUUGAGUUGUUCUUGAUGUCUAUGGAACACU